ACGUGCUCGCCUCGAUUAGUAUAACCCGUUCAGGGGGGUGUCGCAAUUGAUCAAUAUUGUGACCCCUGUACGAGAAGUCGCCAUCUUGGAACUUUGACUGACUCGCUUCCUGCUUACCGUCCGAAAAAACAUAGUCUUCCGGGUGUCAAAUUAAACUUAAAGUAGCCCCGACAAACCGAGGGAGAGGAUGUUUCACUGCUUAGAAACAACUUGACGUACCGGGAAUAUUGACCUUGUGAUACAUUCCCAUUGUUUAUGCUGCAGCUGACUGUGAAGACCCGAUACACAACCCCCGAUGUGUCACAAGUACUGAAGUAGGGCGAGGUUUCAUCAGAAUGCCGCCUCCCCCACCGCCGCCGCCCCCUGCCCCUUCUGCCCCAGCGGCACCACCUCCAUUUAAGGCGGCCCCUAAAAGUAAAGGAGGGGGUGGAGAAGUGAGUCGGGGGGCCCUCCUAUCGGAUAUUCAUAAAGGAGCUAGGUUAAAGAAAGCAGUCACUAAUGACAGGAGUGCACCUGUGGUUGGAAAUUCCAAGAAGCCAUCAGGUGGCGGUGGUAUGAUGGGGAUGCCGAUGACCCCUGGUGGUGGAGGAGGGAAGUUUAACACAGUUGCUGCACGGCCUAAUAGUGGUGCCAUGGACAGAAACAUUCCAAACUCGUGGAACCGCAGCCAUGAUGAUAGUGAAUCGGGAAGCUCUAUGAGCGGUGGUGGUGCCCCGAUGGGUUUAGGCGGACUGUUUGCCGGUGGAAUGCCAAAACUUCGACCCACAAAAGGAGGAGUGACUAUUCCACAAAGGACAAAGAUGUCUAAUGGACCUGUGUCAAAUGGACCUUCAAGUAUUGGUGGGGGUCCACCACCUCCCACACAAAGCAAACCUUCAUUUAAUGGACCGUCUGUGAGACCAAGCUUCCCAAAUGGACCCUCAAGUCGGGGUAUAGGAGGCCCCCCACCACCUCCCCCUUCCCAUAGUAAGCCCUCACUAAAUGGAGAUGUGUCUGGCCGACCAGGCCCCCCACCUCCCCCUCCUCAAACCAGUAAACCUGAAUUAAGUGACAGUUUUUCAAUGUCAAGUGGAGGUCCCCCACCUCCACCUCCCCAAACCAGCAAACCUGAUUUUAGUGACAGUGCAUCAAGACCUAAUGCAGGGCCACCACCCCCUCCUCCCCAAACACACAAACCAGAUUCUAUUAGUGACUUUUCACGUCCAGGAUCAGGUCCGCCAAGGCCUCCCGCACAGAAUAGAAAACCUGGACAAACAGGUCUGCCCCCACCUCCACCACCUAACUUUACAAAACCUAAAUCAGUUGACAGUGCUCUUGAUGGAAUGAAUGGAGGAAUGCCCAGAGGGGGGCCACCUCCCCCUCCUUCCAGACCGCCUCCUGGUGGAGGAAAACGACCAACAUCUGGUACGGGGAGAUUGUCACAAGUCAGGCCACCUUCUGUUGGGCCCCCACCUCCACCACCAACACCACCCAACAACAGACCCCCUAGUAUGGUUGGCAGGCCUCUGCCACCUCCACCACCAAGUGGAUCGGUUCCACCUCCCCCCUCAUCAAGGCCCCCUCCUCUUCCCAGGAAUAGUGGAUCAGCCCCACAGUUGGAUCGCCCCUCCCAGCCUCCACCUCCUCCACAGAGGACCACUUCCAAUGCGCCUCACGGAGGAAAUACACUACCACGACAAGUCGGUCGACCGGGGGGUCCCCCUCCCCCACCAACCAGGGGCCCCAGUGUUGGUGCUAGCAUGCAACCGCCUCCGCCACCUGUUAGACGGUCAUCGGGAAAUUACUCUGGCGAAAAUGAUGAUUUUGAGAAUAGGUUCCGGUUUCACAAUGGGAAUGAGUUGCCUCCCCCUGAACCCUUUCAAGGCACCAACAAAACUUAUCCCAGCAGAAAUUCUAGAAAUCAAGGUAAUCAAAGAGCACCGCCUCCUCCACCCCCCAAAUAAUGGGAUCCAUAUCUGCUUUUUCCAUUUAUCAAAAUGAGGAUUAAGAGGUGCCAUUUAGAGACACUAUUUCUAAAUAAUAUUUGAGGAGAUGGAGCUCGAAGCAGUCUGUUGACCAGAUUGAUGUGAGAAGCCAUAUUCUACUGAAUAUUAUAAAUACAGACGUGUGUGUGCACUGUCAGAGGCCAUAUUCUACUGAAUAUCAUAAAUACAGACGUGUGUGUGCACUGUUUUGUCGCUCAAUGAAUGAGCAACAGUCACUAUUUAUCUUUAUAUCACAGUUCCUGUUGAAUUAUGGACUAAGAACAGGAGUUUUUUCUCAGUCUUUCAGUGGUUUUACAUGUUUCUUUCUUUUUCCAAAUUAAAAAAAUCGUGAAGCUUGUAUCUGAGAGAUAGAAACUGUAUAUAUUCAGAUUUUGGAAAUGAAGUUAUAGAUUUAAUCCCAGGUACACAGUAAAUCAGAGAGAGAGAUCAGCUGUUUGUUAUGUGGUGUGCAUGUAGAUUUCUCUUUGUGCUAGAUCUUUAUUUACUAAAAUACAUGUCCUCGAGUAUUUAACCUUUGCACUUGUUAAUUGUACAGUUUUGUAUUCUUUUUGAAAUUAAGUGAUCAAAAAUUGAAUUUCAUAUUUUGUUGUAGGUACACAAUGAUUCUUGUAAAACCAUUUAUUUUUUUUCAUUAAUCAUUGAUGCCAUGACAUGUUUUGUUUUAGGACACAUUUUCCAUCUUGCUAACAGGUGCUUGUGCAAUGAUUUAAAUAAAAUACAUGUAUGUUAUGUUCAGAAUGAAUUCAUAAUUAUUUUGAUUCUUGUUAACCCAUUUGGCAUAUUUUUAUUCUGUGUACUUCUUGCUAGCAUUUAGAAAAAUAAUAACAAGUACUAUUGAAUGGUUAUAUUUUUCAUACAAUUCUUCUAACACUUGAAUUUUUAUGAAAAAUUUAUUAGAAAAUUUAUUUGGCAUUUUGCUAUCUUUGAAACUGAUGAAGGAUGCUAAAUCUUUCUCUUCUUUGACAUAUUUGUGGGAUUUUUUUUUUUUUUUUUUUUUUGGCGACAUUGUCUCUGCAUUCCAGUAUGUGUGCAUGCUUGUGAUGACGUUAUAGGGUUGCUAAAACCAGCAUACAAAUGUGUUAUUUUAUAUCCACCCCCCUUCUUCCUUUCUUGUAUGCCUAUACAGACCGAGAAGUGGUGUAACUUCCAUUUUUAGCAUGUUCAUUCCUAUUAAAGCUGUGUAUCCCCCUGAAAAACUUCUGUAUAAACCUCAGUGCUUAGGAGCUAUCGGAAAGUUUUAACGCAACGAUAUGUAAAUUGAAUUAUUGGGAAUGGUAAGGAUUUUAAUAUUUAUUUCAUUGUAUUGCAUAUGUAAUUAAAAGUAUGAUACUCCAUUGGGAUAUCAGACAUUAACAGGUAAUUAAUUAUGAUUAUGUAUCCAUGAGUGAUGAGAUGAAUUAAUCCAAUCUUAAUUAUUAACUUCAUAAUUAUUCCAUAUUGAAGUAUGGGGUAAAUAUUUCAACAAAUAUGGAACAGAAUCUUAAAUCUAUAUGCAUCACAAAAUAAUUGUGGGCAUAUUUAACUUCAAGGUAAUGCAUGUUUCCAUAAAGAAAUAGAAAAUAUUUAUAAUGUAUUAUGUAUUGGAAACUACACACGAUGGAUGCUCUUUGAAUAAUACAGUUAUUUAUCUAA